AUAUACACGCUAUUCACAAGUCUCAACCAUUUCUCUCAGCACACCGUCCAGUUUUUUCCAGCGAUAGAGAGAGGGUUUGAUCAUGGCGUCGCUAGUGAGCAUGGUAGGUGCCGGCUUCUCUUACGGCGGAUUGGCGCUGAAGCCAAGCAGAGCAGGCGGCGGAGCGGGCCAACGGCGCCCGGCGGUGGCGGCCGUGGUGAGAGCUGAGGCUGGUAAUGGCGCUAUUAACCCGGCAAUCAGGAAGACGGAAGAGAAAGUCGUCGAUGUUGUUCCUCUAUCCGAACUUGCCAAGCCCCAAACCGCUUACUGCAGGUGUUGGAGGUCUGCUACAUUCCCUCUGUGCGAUGGAAGCCAUGUGAAGCACAAUAAAGCUACCGGAGAUAAUGUUGGACCUUUACUCUUGAAGAAGGAGAAGCAAUGAGGGUGUUUUGGUUCUGUUCAUUUCUAUAUUCCUUAAACUUCGAACUCGUGAAUGAAAUGAUCUUCUAGUGAGUAUGUCGUGUCCAGAGUGUUUCUAGUACUUCUAUGGAUUGUUUGGUCUGGGUGCUCAAUAUCUCUCACUAAGCCAAACACUUUUUUCUUUUCUAUUUUUGUAUCCCCUCCAUGUGUGAAGGUCUAGUGCAAUUUUUGUUGUUACGUGAAUAAAAAUCUUUGCACAUCAGCACAGCUCCUUUCCUAAGAAGGGUUUCUUGAGGCAA